UGUCGCUUCCAUCUAUGACCCUCUUGGGUUUGUCGCCCCAUUCACAUUGAUUGGAAAGCAAAUACUCCAAACAUCAUGCAAAGACAAGGUUAACUGGGAUGAUGAUCUUCCAGACCACAUUCUACCAUGAUGGGAAGCAUGGUUGAGAGACUUGCCUAAGCUGGCAGCUCUGAAGAUCCCACGAAGCUACUCACAAGACAUCAACAUCAUGCAGUAUGAAUUGCAUAGCUUCUCGGAUGCAAGCCUCAACGGUUAUGGCGCAUGUUCAUACCUUAGAGCAAUAGGCAAAGAAGGACAGAUAAGCUGUUCACUCGUCAUGGGAAAAGCGAGAGUUACGCCCAUUAAACAAAUGACCAUCCCAAGGCUUGAACUGACGUCAGCUGUGACUUCAGUCCGCAACGCGGAUGUAAUCAAACAAGAACUGGAAAUUGAAAAUCUACUGGAAUAUUAUUGGACAGAUUCACAAGUCGUACUAGCAUACAUAAGCAAUGAUGCUAAAAGAUUUCACACGUUCGUUGCCAAUCGGAUUCAACGAAUAAGACAAAGUACAAGUCCUGAAAAAUGGCAGCAUGUCAGCUCAGAAGAAAAUCCGGCUGAUCAGGCCUCUAGGGGUUUAACCGCUGCACAACUGAAAGAAUCAAACUGGUUGAAGGGUCCAGAUUUCCUUUGGAAACAAGAUCUUCCAAUCAAAAAGGAAAUGGUGGGAGAAGUUGAAGAGACAGAUCCUGAACUCCGUACAGGUCAUGCAUACACCGUGCAGUCAAAAGAAGUGAAUCCAGUUUUAGAGCGUCUAAAGAAGUUCUCUGAUUGGUCGAGAGCAGUAAAGGCUAUUGCCAGACUCAAACGACGCAUAAAAGAGUUUAAAGGCGUUCAAGAAAGAACAAACAAAACAACAGAUCUUGAAGAGAGGAGAGACACAGAAGUGUUCAUUAUCAAGCUAGUGCAAAGAGAAGCUUUCACUGAGGAAAUACAGAAAAUCAGAUCUCAGAAGGUGAAUUCUCUGCACAAGCAUAACAGACUAAAGAAGCUAAAUGCUUUCUUGGACAACUCUGAUGUACUCAGGGUGGGAGGAAGAUUGUCCCAAUCAGCCUUGCAUCAUCAUGUCAAACAUCCCGCAAUUCUUCCCAAGGAGUCCCAUGUAUCAGCCCUCCUCAUUAAACACUACCAUCAACGUGUACAUCACCAAGGAAGAGGCAUGACUGUAAAUGAAUUG